AUGAAAGCAACGAGAACACUGUGGAUGGAUUCAAAGAUAAAUUUGUGGGUUUUGCUACUACUAGCCUCCGUGAGAUCGUAAGUUACAUUGCUUUUUCAUUCACAGUCAGACCUAAACACGUUUGAGCCCGGCUCAAUUUGCGGCUACCACCAGCCGCUUCGUAUACAUAUCACGCCGAUUUACUGUUUUAACGGCGGUGCAUUUGAACCCCUCUGAGCCGCAGUUUGUGUUUAAAGAGAGUUACUAGCUUGUCUUUAAUACGCAGCGUUUGCGUUAGAAGCGGAAACACUUCUAUAGCACCACGCCGGCUACUUUGCGGCUUAUGUAAAAUACCCCAACUCGCACCAAGCAAGUGAUGGUAUCAUUGCGCGCUCUUCUGCAGACCGAAGAUUAACAUGUAGUCGAAUCACAAAAUGUAAGAUAGAGAAAUUCCAAUCACCAAAACGAUUCCUAUCAAAUAUGUUGAAAAUUCUCUGAAACGUUUAGUUAUUUCAGGAAGCCAAUAUUUCUGGUUUUUGUUUCAUUAAUAAAAACUCUCUCUUAUACCAUUACAAUACCAGUAUACACAAUAAGGAUUUAGCUGCACUGUUGACACAAUGACAUGCUGGAAAAGCUCACCCUACAAUAUAAAAUUUGACUUGAUUUAUUGCAGAAUCCAUUGUGGAGACGAUGUAGUGACCAGCUUUUUCAGUGAUUACGAUAACGCUGUGCGACCUGGCUUUGGUAAGAUAAUGCUAUCACUAAACCAGUCAAUAUUUAUCACCUGUGAGGGAGGGGGGCGGGGGGAGGGCAGUUUUGAAGGAUUCUUGUGGAUCACAUUGUUUUCAGGGGGACGAAGGAGGGAUCUGUCAGAAUAUAAAGUGGACUAUUGAGAUUUUGUCUGCCAGUGAGGGUGAACACUAGAAUAUUACAGAACCUAGGGGAGAGGGGUCAGGUAAAUUUCGUUGAGACAAAAAAAAAAUCCUCCGACCCCAUCCAGGUAAUAAAAAAUGACUCAUCUCAAGUCACUAGUUAUGAUAAAGAGUAUACACUACGGGCUAUGAAGAGCACGCGGGAAAGAAACUCUGGAAAUGAUAAAAAAAUUAAACUUUUAGGAUAAUAGUUUUGAUCUUUUUGUGGCAGCAGAACAAGCCAAGGCAACCACUGUCGAUGCCGAUAUAUACGUGGAAUCCUUUGGAAACAUAGAAGAAGCAAACAUGGUACGGAAACGACUCUGUCUAUAUAUUUAUUUGCUUGUUUUUCUUGAAAUUGUUUUUAGUAAAUUUCCUUUUUUCUCAUUUCUCACUGGCUUUGUGCGCUCAUUUGACGAAAUCUCCGAGGAAGUCAUCUUGUUUACGUAUUUUUACGUAUUUUGUUUGUUUUUUUGAUUGUUUCCCUUGUUAUUAGCUUUUAAGAGACCAGUCAUUCGUAGCCGGGGGUGGGAACGGGGAGAGGGGUAUGCAGGAGGAUUUUGAGGAGGAAUUACAUGGUUUUGAAGGAGAACAGAGAGGACCAGUCGUCGCCAACCGAUUACCAAGGGAGGACUAGAAAAAACUGACUGCCAAUGAGGGGGUGGGGGGGGAAUGGGGAGGGGGGAAUGGGGAGAGGGGUGUGUUGGAGGAUUUUGAGGAGGAAUUACAUGGUUUUCAAGGAGAACAGAGAGGAUCAGUCGUCGCUGACAGAUUAUAAAGGGAGGACUAUAGAAAAUUGACUGCCAAUGAGGGGGAGGGGGGGAAUUAUUCGAGUAAUAAAGAACCAUAGAGCUGAGGAUCAGGUCAAUAUUAUUGUGACACAACCAAAAUCCUCGGAUAAUGCGGAUAAUGCUAUCCAACGGAUAAAUUGCUAUCUGGCGUAUAAGUGAUAGCAAAACGUAUGGCGUUAUCCACCGGAUAGAGUUUUAUCCAGUGGAUAGCGUUAUCUAGCCUUCGAACAACCUGGACCAGUCCGUUACAACCUUGGGUAUACUUUUAAGUAAUCUUAUCUUCACUGCCCUUAUCCUUUAAAAUUUAUGUAACAACUUAAAAUUAAAAAAAAUUAAUGAGAAAUUAUACCGAUAGCAGCAUAUCUAGCACCGGAAUCUAUUUUGCAUAAAUAAUUUAAAUCUUGUUUUGCUGUGAUGACCUCUGAUGUUACCAACAGGAAUACAGGGUGUAUACAUACUUCCGACAAAAAUGGACGGAUGGACGUCUGGCGGGAAAACUCAACCGCACAUUUACCAUAAAAGGGGGUGAUAUAGAGAACAUUUGGGUUCCAGAUCCCUACUGUUACAAUGCACGUGAGUCGAACAUGAUGAUGCCAGAUGAAGAAACACACAGCAGUGUCACUAUUCAGCCAAGCGGGGAUGUGUUGUACAGCAAAGGGUGGGUACAUACGCUUAUUAACCCUUCCACUUACAAGAUCUCAUUAGUAUUUCUCCUUACUGUCUGUCAUACAACUCUUAUGAUGCUAGUUGGUAGAAUCUGGUAUUAGAUCAACUACUUAUCCUCUUGUUGAUGUUUGUCUUUAUCCUCAUCGCUUAUCUGCUUGAUAUUGCAUCGAUAUUGUAAGGAGAAACUCUGUCUUGGUCACUCAAGGGAGUAAAAAGGGUUUUAAUAGAAUUAAAAAUUGUAUCCCGCAGUUGCGUUUACCGCUAAAAAGUAGUUCUUAGGACUUAAUCGCAUCAGAACGCUUUCUUUUAAAAUUUCUUCUAGAAAACGCUGAAUUUAAGUCACAUUUUUCAAAGUCAGAAUUCAGAAAACGAUAGCUCUGUUGAUGCGUUUCUGGACUCUGAUAAACUGGCAAUCAAUCAGCUCAUUUCAUCAUGUAAAUUUAACAAAUUAAAUUGACCACAAUUUUCCAUUUUGUAUAACCCUACUGAUAGUAGAAAUGACGUUAACAAUGUUCAAAACUAAAGGGAAACCAUGAGGUGCAGCCGAGUGGUUUCUAUGCAAAGUUUUGUCAUUGAACUAGUGACAUGCGCGCACAGAUAAUUUUCAAAUUUGUAAGUUCGCAACAUAGACGCUGUAUCUUAUUAGCUUGUCGACUUCCUUACAGGGUAACCAUACUCGCUUCAUGCAACAUGGAUCUACGUACUUUUCCACAUGAUACACAGAAUUGUUUUCUCACGUUUGGAAGUUGUAAGUAAAGAAAAAAUAUUUUUUUUAAACGACCGGAUAAAUAUUUAGAGAUUGCCGCUGAUGCUAUAGCUGAUACCAAUAUUUUGUGUACAGGCAAAUACGUAGAUUGAAAAAUUUUUAGCUGUCUUCAAAAUUAUCACAUAAUUCUACAUAAACAGUUGUAUUGAUUUUCAAGAAAGAACAUUAAUAAUAGCGCCUGACUCUAACCCAAUUUUAAGGCAGACAAUUAACAUAUAGCUUCUCGUAAACGGCAUGGAAAGAAGUGAAACAUAUUUAUGAAAAAACGACAUCUCUCCUUGUCAAGUUCCGCGAUUUCCUCUCUUCCUAACCUUUUAAAUCACAGGGACUUGUAACAAAGAAACGUGCGCUACACGCAGAUAUAGUUUUAUGAUCAUAUUUCAUUCUCACUGUCGUAUAGAUAGUUACACCACUGAGGACAUCGUGUUUGAAUGGAACACAACUGAAGUAGCUGUGGGAACAAAGGCGAUGGCUCAGUUCGUAUAUGAAGGCAGCAAGUUAUCGUCUGACAUAAAUGUCUUUUCCAUAGGUUAGUUAUUCAUAGGCAAUGGACCGCAUUUUCUAUCAAUCGCGAGACGAAGGUUGAAUGGUUGGAGAAUUUGAAUGCGUCACGAUGAAAUUUACCUGAUCUCCCCAUGAGGAUCUGCGAUAUUCUUUUGAUAUCCCCCCCUCCCCCGUCAUUGCCAGCUAAGCAGUAGAUUUCCGAUAGUCUCACUAUACUCUGUUGGCGAACACCGAUACCCCCUUCGUACCCCUCGUUCACCAUUUAAUCCCUCCUCAAUCCACCGACCACCCCGGCGAUAAAUAACAUAUGGUACUUAAGUGAAACCACGCUUCUCCAACAGAGUAUAAAGGGAGGAUUAUGGAAAAUUGACUGCGAAUAACCCGCCAAUAAGGGGGAAUAUAAGACUAUUACAGAGCCAUGUGGGAAGGGGGGGGGAUAAUGACCGUUCCCUGAGCGAUCAAUGCGCGCGAUGCAAUGGUAAAUAAAACAGAAUCACUGGCGCUGUCAUCGAUGUAAAUUUAUAUUUUAUUGUUCAGGAAAUUAUUCCACUAUCACCGUGACUUUCUCCUUCAAAAGAAGAAUUGGCUACUACAUCAUCCAAGUCUACUUUCCAGACAUUUUCGUCGUAGCACUAAGCUGGAUUGUUUUCUGGAUGGAUAAGGAUGAUAUGGGCAACAGAAUGGCCUUGGGAAUCACUACCAUAUUGACCAUUAUGUUCCUCCUCGGAUCCUUGAACGGGACCUUGCCUAAAGUGAGCUACCCCAAGGCUUUGGACUGGUAUCUGUUGAUAUCGUUCACAUUCGUGUUUUUUGCGAUGGUGGAAUGUAUGAUCGUGUUUGUACUGACUCUGAGCGCCAGUGAAGACAAAGAAAAGAUUAAGUGUAAGGUAUGUGUUUUACAGCUAGUCGACGUGCGGCCCAGCCUGGGUUCUCAUAUGGGAUAUUUAAAUUUCGAACAUGCGCAUUCGUUAUCGAAUGGAUCUAUGAGACUUCCAAGUUUAAACCACCCUCUUUCAGAUUGUCAUUUUAUGAAAUAAACAUUGCAUUUUACCAGCAUCUGGUUGAGAAAACGCUGGAACAUCUGUUGUAAAGUUCUCUCGACCCCAUUGUGUAAGGAAUUUCGAAUACAGAUUUGCUUUUAUUUGGAUAUUACAUGGUUAAUCACGGUUCAAAGGGGGGCUGGGGGGGGGGUGGAGAGGGAGAUUAGUACCGCCUUCCUGAUGAUUUCUGAAGAAUUUAAGCCAUCUUAUAACCCAGAGGUCACAUCCAGCCGGAGCAACUGCCACUUUUCACGGCACAUUCCUAUUUAUUCUGUACAGGAUGCUGGUAGCUCACAGGUUAACCGUAGAAUUUAGAUGGGAACCUACACCAUAUUGUUGUAUUCUUUGAAAGCAUGAAGUACUGAGGAAGUAGUCUGAAGUGUGAGCCUCUCGUCACUAAAGUCUCUAGGACACAAGAACUUCAUCACGAAAACUAAUUAAAAUCCAAAGAUUUCACCGGGUAGCAAGUUCUUUAGACCAAUGAUGAAUAUUCACGUUUCCCUAUGAUAAAUACCGACAUUAAAUAGGGCUGCUUCCUCUCAAGAUCAAUUAUAAUUUGAAAGCAAUUGUCAAGAAAACGAAAGUGUACAGCACUGUGCAUCAGUAUUGUGCACGAGUAUUGUGCAGUUUUCCAAAUCCUCUCUCCACGUCUUUUCUCUUGCCUUCCUUUAGGUUAAAGAAAAGCCUUUGGGGAGAAUGAUUUCUCAAUCCAUUAAAUCAGCCAUUGGUGCAAACAAGGGUGCCGACUCUUCUGUAGCCAACAACCAUAUCACUUACAACAAAGGUUUCGGAGACGAUGAUCUCGAGAUGGUUGACCACGCGAGCAAAUCCGAUAAAUCUGUUGUGGAUGACUCAUCUCUUGCAGAUCUCAUCGGCAAGAGCAAAAAGGAGACAGCAGCAGAAUUUGUUGACAAAGUAUCCCGAUAUCUCUUUCCACUUUUGUUUAUUGCAUUCAAUGUUGCAUAUUGGGUUUUCUUUACCAUUUUUGUUUGAGACUGAUUAGCUGAAGACAGCUUUUGAAACUGAAAGAGCAUACACAAAAAAAAUUUGCCAAGGGAACUCUUUGAAGUCGAAUCCGCUUAACAAUUUCCUUUGUACUUGUUAACUGACUGAUUUGAUUAUAUAGCUGCAGUCAGCAUAGAGCAAGUUUUCCAUCGCGCCCUUCACUUAUAAAAAUGAAAAGCAACGGAAAGAUAUAUUACAACGGAAAACUUAGUAAGUCGAGUUUCCCUCAAAAAGACAAAACCUUGGCAAGUGUUCUUAGCGAGAUAUCUAUACUAGCAAAAACCUGGCAUGCCAGUUUUGGAAGAGGUCACUUAUAACAAGAAGAAGCAGAGCAACAUUUUUUAUGUACACUGAAAAGCAAAACUUGUGAGAAAUAGCUGGUGAGGAUAUGUCAAGUGUGGCGGAUAUUUGCAUCGUACUUAUCUUAUUUAUGUUAGUAUAAAUAAAAAAUAAGCUUCAAAGCGAAACAAAAAACCACGGACCAUGAUUGCACCGAGUGUUGCACAACAGUAAUGUGCAUUGUCGUGCCACUAAUCCUGAUCGACAUGAAGUUUUAAUUCUGACCAAUUAACAUUUUUGGGUUUAAAUUGACGUGACAGAAUAAAAUAGCUGAAGUAUUUGAAACAUAUGUCGGGUCAUGCCAAGUAAUUCUUAAAGAAAAUGCAUAAUAACGUGAUUGUUGUAUUAUUCGUAAUCUUUCUGCAGCUCUUUUUAGAGAAAUCACAUAAUCCUAUUGCGUGAAUUUUUCAUUCUUGAAAUAAGAUAUGUCUUUAGAGUUUCUUUCGCUUUCAGUCGUUCCAAGGCCCGGUCCAAAGUAAAGAAAAAUUUUAUUUGAAAACGACAUGUUUUUGUUGCGAGCUUGCCCAUCAUAGAAGCCAAAGGAAACGUUUAAUGCGAGUCACAUUAGUCAAAUUACCUAAGCAAAAAAUACGUUAUUGCAAAGUAAUAUAGCUUGCUUCUGAUCUCUUUUAAAGAACACGGUUUCAACCAAUCAUAGCUCGCGUUUCAUCGAGUGAAUGGGAAGGUAAUAGGGAUGAAAAUCGCUUUUCGCUGAGAGAAAAAGACGAACUAAAUGCAUGCGGAGGAUUGUUUCUACAGCUCAUUGAGUGGGCUGAGAUCGAGUUCCUGUCACUUAGCCAUGUAGGAGUUCCUGUGUAGCCACAAGGUCAUAUUCUCCAAUAUUUCAUGACGAUUUCCUGUUAUUUUCCAUGCCAAAAAUACUUGUCUGAUAAUCGGUACUCGGAAAGUCGGCCCACUUUUUACGAUAUCUACCUCAAGGGAAGUCAAAUAAUCACAAUGAUCCUCACUUAUCUUCUUCUCCUUUCAUAAUACUGCCUUCUGCUUCGCAGUACCGUAAUUAUUCACUCUGGGUGCUUGUCAUGCAUAUCACUCAGACAGCACUCAUAUGAAGAGCAAGCUAUGCAAUGUGUUCGAAAACUGAAAAAUAUUUCCGAAAUAUGAUGAAAAACAUCCAGACGAUCAGAAAUCAUGCAAACAAACAACUGACCGCCGUAGGCCAGGGUGGGGAAGGGAAUCCGAUUUAAAAUGUUUAUGGAGACUACGAAAUAACCCACAAUAAAAAGCACGUAGAAAGCAAUCGCCCACCUUGAUCUAAUUACAUUUCUUCACCACACUUUCUACUUAAUGACAAAAUCAUAAACAUUUUAACCGCACCUGAUGCACGAAAAGCCUAAUUAUUAAGGGGUGAAUCAGAGUCACUCUUGUUCACCCCGGAUAAUUGGCUUUUCUUUUCGGGAUAAUGUCUCUUCAAAUAGGAAAUAUUGACUGCGCUGUUGCAUUAAAGAAGAAGCUCAAGAUUCCUCAAUUAUUAUGCGAUUAUUACAGUCUAACCUGCGUUAAGUGGUCACUCACGGGGAAUGGCGCUUGACACUGGCUCUACAGAAAAGGGGUAUUACAAAAAGCGGUACAGGGCGCCAUUUUAUGCCAUAAUAGAACCGUAAAUGUAUAGAAUCUUUCUCAAAAAUAGUGACCAUUCAAUACAAGAGGAAGACAAUACAAAAAGGCCCUCUUCAGACUUUCUAAAGGGACACCGCGACUGCGUAAUAGGGGUAACCGUUUAAUAGAAUUACAGUGAUUCAGGGUAAACCAUUUCUGGGUUUCGGCAACCGACCACUUUAGACAGGGUGACUGCUAGCAUUGAGCAAUAAACAUGAUUAAACCUUUUGUUAUAAAUAUUUUGGACUUGUGAUUAAAAUUUAUUUUAUAAACAGGUUUUUCUUUACUUCUGCAUUCUUCAGACUCUCUUCUACUCUUCUAGCAUUCACAUUAAAGUUUUUUGCAUUUUAUGUCUCUUUGCACUUUUUCAUGUUCAGUUAGUCAACCCCCUAAACUUCCAAGAUAUGAUUGUCUGUUAACUAUCCCCUGUAAUUGCCACACAUUUUCUUGUAAACUAAUAACGAAUAUUUUGUGUUAGAUCAAGAUAACAACUUCUGCCUGAUACGUUUGAGUAUCCUCAAUGCCUGUUUGCAGGAUAAUGUAUGGAUAUUAUGGGUAGAAGUUACAUGUUAAUCACUUGGAGCUGAAAGGUUAAAGUACGUUUAAGCUUGCGUGUAGCUGUCUGCUUAUAUGCCCUAAUCACAAUAUACUAGUUAUAGUUCUCACUAGAGCUGCCCCCGCCCUACAGUACCAUUUUUUUUUUUUUUUUUUUUUUGAGUUGGGCUUGUUGUUUACAGUUGUGUAGUUAUGACCAUUUGCGGGAAAAACGUUGAUACCUUGCGGCCGUGCAAGCGAUCAAAUCGAGAUUUUUUUUGGUUACGAUCAACCGAAAACACCUACAUUCUCUCUUCUCCAGUCUUCCUCUAUACUAGGACAAAUCUCGUGUCAAAGACGCCGAUCCUAAAAGUCCUCGCGCGCGUGUCUUUUUACUGGCAGCCCAUGACCAUUUGCGGGAAAAACGUUGAUACCUUGCGGCCGUGCAAGCGAUCAAAUCGAGAUUUUUUCUGGUUAUGAUCUACCGAAAAUACCCACAUUCCCUCUUCUCCAGUCUUCCUCUAUAUUACGCGGGGAGUCCUAAGGUGCCUCCUCGGGUUUUUGGCCCUCUGGGGCCAAAAACCCUGCGGGGGCAAAAAUUGAUUGAAUUCUAAACCUGACAUGAUCAUUAUCUAUUUGGAUAAUGGAUUUAUAUUAAAUGUCUACUUAUCAGCUUCAUUGUUUACCCUAAACGCCUCGAGCAGCAACCUGAAAUCAUUUCAACUCUAAACGCCAUGGACCCCAAAGAUAUGACGAUAAACUGAGCAUUCACGUAUGUCAAUGUUGUCUUUCAGUGCUUUGACUAGUCUUGAUCAAAGUUAAACGAUAAAACCUCACCAAAGGCUAAAAACAUAUGCCUUUUUUUCCUCACCUAAAAAAACAGAAAGGAGUAGUGAUAACUGUGGUUUGUGGUGAGCAAAGUCUGUUUCAAAUUUAGAAACCUAAUUUGAAAGCAUGACACAUGAGUGUUUCUUCAAAGUAAACUAUUUAACCAUGAUAAAUGACGCACAUCCAAACUAGAACUAAAUGCAAAAUUGCGCCUUGCGUGAUUCAUUAGGACGCACCAUAAAACUCAACUACGACCGCGGCAAAUACAGCAAAGUUUUUCGUAAUUAUUUUGUCAGCGCAAUUACGUUUUUGCCGUCAGAUUUCAGACAGACACCACAUCCUCGACUUGAGUGCAAUGCGGUGUCUUCGGGUAUUAAAUUCACAGGAAAUUGGGCAUUUAUUUUCAAUUUAGGUGAAAAUAUGUAUAAAAUCAGAUGACGUAAUUUGGGAAUUUAUUUUGGCGAAAAAUGAAAAUCUAAUCCUUACUUAAAAUUAAUAAAUAAUAAACAUAGUCGGAGUUCGGAGCUUUUAAACUUAUAUCUUCAACAUUUCCUCACGUCUGCAAAGGCAAAAUGAAAUAAUCUUUCGUUUGUUAACUAAAUUUUUUUUAACACCUGACCUUCGCUUGUCAGCAGCAGCAAAAAGUCAAACGUAAUAAUAGAAUCCGUUGUUUAUGUUAGUAUUUAAAGCAAAAAUGUCCCUGAAGCAAUUUGUAGUGUCAGUAUAUGUUUACAUAAGAGGAUUAAAACCUUUUUAAAGAUGCUUAACUACUCGAAAUGAUUUUGAAGGUGUUUCGUGUCGGAUUAAUGCAGGGUUACUUUACGCACCGCAAGGAAAUUCAACGCCAACCGCUGGAUUGACAAGAUAAUACAGCUAAAACCAGACCUGGAAUUUUAAACAGUGCCUUCAGAGAAAAUUAAAACCGGGGAUGCUAAUAUUGUCGCAAAUAACCACGCACAUGCAACUGAAAGAUUUGACGCCUUUAACUGAUCAGAUCGAGCGGUUGGGAAGCCGUGAACUCGAGAUAUAGAUUGGUAGGUAACGAAUGAGACUCACAGUCAGUGUUUUGUCCUCCAAAACCUGUUCAACUUUCGGAAUGAGAGGUUUCUAAAUGUAAUGAGUUCAUCUGGAAAGGCUUUGUGUAUAAUUUAGAAUCAUAUGGGGAUAAAUUUCGUGAGCAGAACGAAACACAUAGCUGUCACCAUUUUCUUUUAAAGGAAUUCCAUUUCGCCCAGAGUUCUUAUGUAAUAACUUUGGGAAAAUAUUUUCUAGAAUUGCAGUGAUCUGGUUUAUCAUUUAAAAACAGGAAGAAGUCUUGCUGCUCUUGCUUGUAAACUGAUAUAUUCUUCCGAAUUAAUGGUCAAUUAGUAUUUUCAGUAGGACCCAAUUUGCUUUAGAUUUAACUCGAAUGAUAUAUUCUCCGAGAUAAAGACUUUUCAGAUCUCACUCUGUAUAUACUCCUUGUACUCUUUUUCCAGCAUCAACUCAGUUGUCGAGAGCUCUGAUUGAUCUAAGCGAACUUUGAAAUGCUGAAAUCGGCAAAGGAAAGUGUAAGACUGCUUUCAAAAUAAAUUAAUAUACAGAAGUUUUGGUUACCGAAGCAUCCUUUUUUUUUUUUUUUUUUUUAAUAUGCGCGUUCUAGUUUGUUUUGCUUUUAAUUUUUUGGUCGAUCUACAACUGGCGUAAAUUAAAAUUUUCUCCGUAGUCAACUUGUAUCGGCUAGAAUUUAUAAGGAAUUUUCAAAUGAAAGCUUAAGUUUUCCAGCUUUACCGCUUUUAUCUUUUAAGAAAUGAUCCGUUUUAGUAAAUUACUUUGUACAGCCAUAUUUUACAUGUAUGCAAUCGGAAAGAAUUUUUUAAAUUUCUUCCCUAAUUAGCUAAGAGCAUUUAUUCUCAAAAAAUGACGAUUAUAGAUGCAUAAAUCUUUGUUUGCUCGUGUUGCUAUACGGCCAAAAAUUUAAUCUUUUUCUUAGGAAAUUUAAUUAAAAGUCAAAAAAGAAUCAUGCAUUUAUCACGUUUGUUUUUGUUUAAUUUUUACACCUAAAGAAAGACGUGGGAUUUUUUAUUUAAAUUCGUGAACACUGAAAUGACAGAAUGCCCCAGAUACUCGAAAAACGUUUUAUUUUUGUCUAAUUCGAUCGAAAAAUGAUGAAAUAAUUUCGGGUUCAUCAUUCUAAAUGAAAUAUCAACUAGGGUUCAAUAGUAUUCUUAGGUGAAAAAAAAAAAUGCAAAAAUCGUACGUCUGAGCUAAAAAAUUGUGCUGAAUCGAGGGAGCUUUAGAUCACAGUCUCCGUAGAAUUAUACAUCACCAAUUUAAAAAGUCUAAUUUUCUUCAUCAAUUCGACUGUUAUUUUCGUUUGUUACGUAACAACAAAGGAUUCGAAACGUCAAGUGCAGCUCCAUCCAUCACCAAAUUACGAUUAUUAAAAUUCCAAACAUUUAUGCCUAUUUCCUUGCUGCGUGAAAUGAAAACAAUGGUCAGCUUCUUGUGUCUGGGGUUUUUGUUAUUUUCAUGGAAACAAAAAAACAGAUAAGAUCUGAUUAUCUAUCCAAUUCAGACCUUGUUUCAUGCGAGGUGUUUACAAAGAUUCUGCUGUUAAAAACGUAAGCUAUUAAAUGAUUUUGACUCUCUAUAACUGAAAAGUUCUCGGAAUCUCCUAUUCCACUCUGACAAAUACAAGUAUUCUUUUCUUUCUUUUGUCGACCAUAAGCUAACGUCGAAUACAAAGGCAAAGGUACGUAACAGUUAAAAGGAGACAAAUAACGCACAGUUCUGAACAAUGUUAUCAUGCUUUCCUUUAAUUAAAAGAAGCGUUGUCAGCGAGUUCUUGUGUCGUCUUUUUUCAUGAUUUCAUAGCACAAUAGUAGAUUAUUUUCGUACAAAGUUUUGGACUGGAAUUGGAGUGAAAUAUGGGUAGCGAGGAAGGAUCUGAAAUAUACGUCAACAUCAAGAUCUCGGAAGAAACUAAAGAAGAUCCUUGCACAAAUUACUGACGUUGUUUUGAUCCAAGUUUUCUCCGGCCCUGGUCAUAUAUAGUCGAGUACAGUUGAUGGUACAAAAAAAGUGUGGCUUCUUCAAAUGUUUCGAAUUUAUUUGUUCUCAUUUGCGGUAUUUUGGAUAAACAUGUUGUUUGUCAGGGAAGCCACGCAUUCCUUAGGAGCUGAUAUCAGCAAGGCGGACGCAAUUAUGUCGAAUACCAACAAAUUUGAAAGGAAAAAACAUCAAUCCAACAGUCAAGCAAACUUCUGGAUAGCUUGAGUCUAACAAAAGAAAAAAAACACAAAUCACGUAUUUGCAUACUUAUGCUUGAGGACUAAAGUCUAAUCAAUACGUUAAUGUCAUUAUAACUGACCUUUCUCAGUUUUGUAUUUAGCAAUGAUGAAAGCAUUCCACACGAAGAGUCGUUACUCAAGUACAAGGGCGCUGUUGAUUCUUCUUCUCACAAACUCUGGAAGGUAAGCGAUGAUUCCUCAUAGUUACGGAGAUAUAUUGGACAAAUUUUGUUUUCGCGUGCGACAAUUAUUAUUAGAUGAGGACUAAUCAGUCAUGGCGUAAACCGCAUUGCGGGAGUAUACAAUAUUUAUACACAAAGAUAAUUUUUACAGCGAAAGACGCUCGCAAGUUUAAAUUUUCAAGGCGGGUUUUAGAAAUUGACGCUAUGGUGGCUAAGGAAAGAAGUUAAAAAGCAUUUUCAGCCGCCCCCAUUUCAACUCCGCGGAACAGUCAUUUUCCGACAGUAAGAUGGCUUAAUAGAAUAAUAUGCACUAAUCUAUUGCACGACCUUGUAUCUCGACACCAUUAUUUCUAUUAUAGUUCUUAUCAAUAUUAUUAUCAUUAACAUUAUCUCUAAUAUUAUCAUUAUUACUAUACAUAAUCAACUUUUACAGGGUCUUUUGUGGAAGUGAUCUGCUGACCAAGUUUUUUACCGGGUACGACAAAGCAAUCAGACCUUACUUCGGUAAGAUGCUAUUCAUGGACAUUUUUUCUUUCUAAUAUCAAACAGUAAGAUGACAGACUGAAGAGCAAUAAUUCUGUAGGGACUCCUUGAUAUGUCCCUUUACCGACACAGGGUUCAGACAUCAAUCCUUAAAAAUUCAAAAUGUCCAGCGAUGACAAAGCUAAAGGUGUAACGCGCAUAUUAAGCUAACGUGUCCUUUCUGCUCAGGCAAAGGGUCAUUACAUUUUUGAAAGUUUUUUUCAUCUUGUUCUGCUCAAAAAAAUAUCAGACAGAAUUAAAUUUCAAAGACUCUGCUUACAAUCAACUUUACAAUCUCUUAAUAAAAACAUCACAAGAGAGGAUGUGCUCGUCCGGAUUGCGAAAUGUUGAUAAGGUUCUAAAAAAAGAAAUGUCGCAUGUGUUCUUAAUUACAUAUUCAUUAGAUUCGUUUUAACUUUUUUUCCUUAAGAUCACGAUUAAUUCCGGCGUAUCUUGAAGUGCUAGUUCAAAACCUUAUUGAUCUCAAAUCGGUAAUAUCAUUGGGUAGGGGGGGCGAAAAGGGGGGGGGAGGGGAGGUUGCGUGCAUUAAGAACCAUUUCACUAUUUAACUGUACUGUCAUCUACAAUCGUUCUUGAUGUGAUCUCUCACGACCGGAUUCGAUUCAUAAAAUGCUUUCAGAUAAAGGGACACCUUUAACUGUCUCGGUUGACUUGUAUGUGGAAGCUUUUGGAAACAUCAAAGAGGCCAACAUGGUAAGUAAACAGAACAAGUCGGUCAUUGUAGUUGACCCUUUAAGUCCCAGAAGUGAUCAACAUGAAACUUAGAUUAUCUAGCAAAUAGCUAAUGAGAAUAUUCAAACUCAGGUCGAAGUUGAUCUAACACCAAAUUCUCAUACCUAAUUUAAGAUAUGUCCAGCAGCUAGACGGGAGAAUUACUCAUCAGAUCUUGGGGAUUAAAGGGUUAAAUCAGAGACUACGUAGACCAAAAUUGGUUGAUAAUACAGAAGAACUCUACAGGAUUUGAGAGGAUAAUAUGGUUUUCAGGGAGGGAGUGGACGUUAAACUCUAGCAGAAUUAAAAGGAGUGACUAAAGAAAAUUGACUGCCAAAGAGGGGAAUCAUUUGAAUACUACAGAGCCGUAGGGGAAGGGGAGGGGGGUUAGGUAAAUUUUAUUGUGGUACAACGAAAAUACUCCGAUCCCCCUCCCUCUACUCUCCCGAUAAAGAAUGACCGGUCCCUUAGAAAGAAAUUUGAUACCUUGAUAAACUGUUUCUUUUACUUAUCGCAGUUUUCAUGAUUUCUUUUCACGAACAGGAAUAUUUGAUAUACGGCUAUUUUCGCCAAAGAUGGAAAGACUUACGCCUAGCUGGAAGGCUUAAUUACACCCUAACCAUAAACGGAGCUGACAUUGACAGAAUUUGGGUACCAGAUCCCUAUUGUUACAACGCCCGCGAGUCAAAUAUGAUGAUGUUAGAUACGCAGCUGCAUAGCAGGAUAUCUGUUGAACCCAACGGUGACGUGUUGUAUAGCAAAGGGUAAGUAAAUGUGAGAUAAUCCUUUACUUCCCUCAAAUAGUCAGCACGAUUGAUAAGUCAGUAAGCAAGAUAGUGAGGGAGCAAGUGAGUGAGUGAGUCGGUAAGUAUCAGCCAUGUAGUUUUGUCGAUCCGCUAGUCAAUCAUUUGUAAAAUGGUCAGUCUCUGAGUCGAUCGAACGGUCAGUCAUUAGGUCAGUAGCUCAGUCAUACAGUCACUUAGCCCGCUCGCCAUUCAGUCGGUCAGCCAGUCAGUUAGUCAGUCGUUCAGUCAGUCAGUCGUUAGCCAAUCAGCCAGUUAGUCAGUCACACAGUAAGUUAGUCGCUCAUUCAGUUAGUCACUUUGCCAGUCAGCCAGUCAGUCAGUAAUUCAGUUCUUUAGGUCAGCCAAUCUGUCAGUGGCAAAGUCAGUCAGUCAGACAGUUACUUAGCCAUUAGGGUCAUGUUUACAGCACCCUAGCUUGAUUCUUUUCACUUAUAUUUUUUUAUUCAGAGUGACGCUAUUAGCCUCUUGCGACAUGAAUCUGCGGAAUUUUCCUCUGGACUCUCAAAGCUGCUGUCUGAAAUUCGGAAGCUGUAAGUAAAUCUUAAACUUUCGGCUGUGAACGUAAAGAAUGUUUAAUACUUAAAAUCUUAGUCAACUCCCCAGAUCUGAAAAGUAAUUCUCCCUUCCAGCUGCUUUAUAUGUCCUUUUAAAUUAAAGGAGGAGAAUUUGGUUUUAUAUCAAAAAUGAACACUUAGGCUGAUCAGCUUGUGUAUUCUCAUCACCUGUUUCGUUUAAAAUGUUUUAAAGCUAUGAGGAGAAGUUGUAGGUUGGUCAAUUCUAAGAGUUAAACGGCUAAUAGUGGAAUACCCUGCAUGUAUUUUGUCCUGCAGAUGGAUACAGCACAGAUCAUAUUAAUUUUGAAUGGGGACCUGCAGGCGUUUCUGUUGGAAAUAACGAAAUGGCCCAGUUUGAGUACAUAGGCAACAAACUUUCCUCGGGCAUAGACGAGUAUAGCGUUGGUAAGAAUCAUUUCAAACGCUGGAUUUUUCAAUUCUAUUAGCGUAACGACAUCUUUGUUACCAAAAAAUUGCUUCCUUUUUCAUCAAUUAAUCAAUACUGCGUCAGUUGAUCGAUACAGAAAAGAGAUGAUCGAGUCAGAAAAACUGAAUAUCACAUAUAUUGCGAAGUAUGAAAAAGACUUUGCUUUGUAAUUUCACGAAUGGGUGAUUUUUUUUUUUGUGGGGGAAUAGCGGGAAGAAACUUUUGCGAAUUUCUGUUCUGACAGCAGAAUUAUUAACCUGGAAAGUAACGUAUCGUCAAGUAUUUGUUGGUUUAUAAAGAAUCGGUAAACAAAUCAGUUCUAUUUUUGAAAGUUAAAUUUUGACUUAGAGAAGUUAAUUUUUGCGGCGUUUUCUUUCGCAUUUUCUUAGAUUUUCGUAAGCGUCUUAUAGCAGAUCGAAAACAGUCCGCUAAAAAUUAAAUCGUGCGAAUUUCCAAGCUAAGUCCAAACUUAUUUAACCCUUUUACUUGCACUCUUUUUUAGAUCCUCCCUGUUUUAAUAAAUCUGGGAUAAAGAAAUGGUUUAUCCUAGGUAGCAAAGUUGUUGCCGCGAGAAAACUCGUAAAGCGCAAGAAAUGAAAAAAUAUAUAUGUAUAUGAGCUACGUGAAAAAAGGGACUAGAAUUGCCAUUAUCGCGUUGUACUAUAUAAUACUCUAUAAAAUACAAUUUGGUUUUAUCAACUGAGUUUAUAAUGCAAAUUGAUCAUCGUAAAGGGUUUCUAGAGCUGAAAUUUCGACCAUUAGCCCUUCUUCGGAUCGAAAAAAAAAUAUAAAUAAAUAUUAAAUAUGAAAUAAUUGUAAUGGACUCACGCUUCAAACUAUAUGAUGUAUAUGUUAAACAGGGAAUUUCUCGACGGUCACAGUCAAGUUUACAUUUGAGCGACGAGUUGGUUACUACAUAAUUCAAGUGUAUCUUCCCGACGUUUUGGUUGUGGCGCUGAGCUGGAUUGUUUUUUGGAUGGACAAGAAAGAAAUGGGGGACAGAAUGGCUUUAGGAAUCACAACCAUAUUAACUAUCAUGUUUCUUCUUGGUUCUCUUAAUGCGACCAUGCCUCGAGUCAGUUACCCAAAAGCUUUGGACUGGUAUUUGCUGGUUUCCUUCACGUUUGUGUUUCUGUCGCUAAUUGAAUGUAUGGUCGUGUUUAUACUUACCUUGAGGUCUGGCAAUGACAAGGAUAAAUCAAAAUAUAAGGUAACCGUCCUAUCAAUUGAUCAUGAGCACUUGUUUUGACGCGGUGCUAUUUGUGGUUGCGUUAAGGUGUGACGUGCUGAAAGCCGAACGAAAAAUAUUUUUGCGUCAAGCAAAAGUUCAUGUAAGGUGAUUCUACAAAUUAGUUGAAAGGGUUAUAGAUUGAAGGAUACAUGGAGGUCUUUUGGUUUAGGAGCAGCCGUUAUUCAUUGCUUAAUUGGGAAGGAAUGGGGUAGAGGGUUUUUCUUUGUAGAAUCGCAUAGUUUUCAGGGAGAACGCAGGUGGGAUCAGUCUUCGCCAACAGAGUAUAGAUGGGAGGGGAUGUCCCCCCCCUCCAGGACAAAAUAAUAACUACUCCCCAAUGUGAACCAAGAGAAAAAUGUUCACCUCUUCCAUUCAUUGAUAUCAAAACUGUUUUUAGGGUUUGAAAACUUUUCUCAGUAACUCAAAAGGCUUCCUUGCUUUUUUUUUUUAUUUUGCAGUUGAGUUCAAUUCAUUUAUCAACAUUAGAUAUCAGUGAGCUGAGGCUGCCUCCGCUUGAAAAUAGUGUCAACAGAAACAAAAAAGUGAAUAUCAAUGGCGAAGCUCACAUGCUGUGUUCUUCAGAAAGGAAGGACGGAAUGAUUAAAGAUGAUAGGCUGCCCAGAUAUAAGAUUGACAGCAGUUGCGAGACAACAGCCGCUGAUCGCGUUGAUCGGGCUUCUCGAUUUUUGUUUCCAGUGUUUUUUGUAAUUUAUAAUAUCGUUUACUGGGCUGUAUACGCCCUUCCUGGAAAGAAACUUGAGUAAGCAUCACAGGAAAAAAAGUGAAACGAAACCAGCCAUAUCAACGAAUAAGCAGACGGUUCAUGGAUAAAAUGUGAAAUGUGUUGAUUUUGUUUCAACUGCCGUAUCAAUGAUUAAUUUCGGAUUCCUUUACCUGGCUGAGAAGCAUGCAGAUUGAAAUCAAUGUGACAAGCACACGUGCUGAAGCAUUUAGGUUCUAAAAAAAUAUUUUAUUCGCUGUUAAAGAUUUUUUUUGUUAAGAAUGCUUUGAAGUAAGUUUCAGGCGCUAGAAGAGAAACUCUACUGAUAAACGCGUUGCUAAAAAAGGAAGACAGGUAGCAUCAAGUCGACCAUACAUCACAAGUACUUACAUGCAAUAAAAAAAACUUGCCCUUAAAGACAUAUAAAUAAGGUGGAAGACAAAUUUUACAAUGACAUCCACAACUAAACGUUUCGAAAAAGAAUUAAGGAAAAUAAAAUGAUUAACAAAUGCUUACGUAUUGCACGAUGUUUCAAAUCUAUUAAAAACUGUCAACUCAAGAAUUCUUGAAGAUAAAAUAUUCCCUGAAAUACGCUGAUAAUCCUCUCCUUCUCAAGCUUGUGAGCAGAGUUUCUGGCUAGGAACAAAACAGACAGAGAGAACGUUAACUGAAUUACGUGCCCGAGUUUCAAAUACUAAAAAAAUAUAUCUUUACUGCUGUUCUUUCGCUUUCAAUUUUAUCAUGAGUCUUUACAGUACUUCCUGCUUUCCAUUUAAGGCCAUUUUGAUAUCAGCAGGAGAUCAGAGAUCAUAAUGAAGAAUUUGCGAAAGCUCCACAUGGCGUUAAGAACUUUUUUCAGCCUGCCAGUUAUGAAAUUCUAAUUCACAUCACCAAAUCCAUCACUGUAAACUCAUUUGAUCACUAUUUAUGGCUACUUUGGUUCUAUCAACUAAGUUUAUAAUGUAAAUUGAUCACCGUAAAUAGUUUCUCUCAUUACGAUGGCCAAUUUACAUCAUCAACUCAUUUGAUUAAACCAAGUUAUCUUUUUAUACCCCCUAUCUAAGCAACACCACGAUUUCUUUAGAAACUCAUCCUUGAAUGUUCGUCGCAUCAGUUGUGAAACCAAUAAUUUUUUCUCUUUUUCUCCUUGUUCAUCGUUGAUAUCAUCUGCUUUAUUAUUCUUUGUAGCUUUAUUUAUCUGCGCAUUAUAAUUCUCAGCGUGAAGCGAUUUAUGCGUCUGUUUAAGUCAACGGUCUGCUAAGCAAAUAUAAAAGCAGGCCCCACAGUGCAAGUAGCUAUCAAAUGGAUGUUAUUGUUUAUAAAAAGGAGGAAUAAUGCGUGAUUGAAAAUGCAAAUUACAUCAAAAUGCAAACUACCAGUCGAAUGAAUGCAACGGAAUGAUGUUUACUUAAAUUAAAUGUGCUCGUGGAAGUUGUGUGGCAAUCGAGUUCAAAGAGAAGUAGAUUUACAUUAGCUUAAGAAAUUCUGGUAAGUAUUCUUCUUCUACAGCCUUCUUUCAUUUUAAGGAAGCUAAGGAACUUUUUCAAAAGUUAGCUCUUCAUUCGUACGCGCUCAUUAAGUGGGCAGCACAACGGGCGUGAUAGUUACGUAGGCAUUUCAUAAAACCUCUUUCAUCAAGGGAACGUGAACUCUUGAUUUCUCUUUGAGAGAACAAAACGAAUCAUUGUGUAGAGAUUUCAACUGACUCAUAGCAAGUUUCAUAAAAUGACAAAAUGAUACAAAAAACUCGAGAUCUGUUUGUGGUAGCUUUCUAACGUAAUUACCGUUUGUCUUCUGUAUCGUCAAUUUGCAUGUAGAAACACGCAUCCGUCUCACUAAAUACGACUUCGCUACACACCUCCCUACAUAUCGAGCCCUUUCAAUGACACGCCGAAUAGAAAGCGAAGGAAAAGGAAGCGAAGCAAUAUCAUCGCGUCGCUUCCUUUUCGUUGUUGGCGGCUAUGUUAAACUCUUAUUAUGCAAUGUCAAUUUGUGGUAUCCUAAGCUCUACAAUACGCAUAUAUUGCUCAUCGUAAUAAUUAUCAUGAAACAGAAUUUCGAAUCGCAUCGUUAUACUUAACAUUCACAAAUCUAUCAACUGAACAGUUAAACUGAAAGCUUUUGACUCUAAAUGGUGGGUAACGACAUAAAAGAGCCAUCUCGUCGGUGUCGCGAAACUCGCGCAAUUCUGAAUUUAUGAUAAGGAAUUGUCAGCCUCCUUAUCACGAUCAAACAAGCUUGCUUUGUUUGGUUUUUUUUUUUUUUUUUUUUUCUUUCUAGGAAAAAAGGAUGACGCAAUUUUCUAUUAAAACUGUUUUCAAGAUUAUCUUUUCCAUUUUCCUGCUAUUGCGAUUGUAAGUAUUCCUUUACUUUGCAUUCUUGACUCUUUUCAGGACACUUUUGUUAUCGCCGUCGUCAAUCAACUCGUCAAUUUAACUAUUAGACAUCUAUUAAGGCACUUCAAAUAUCCGACAUAUGAUUGCGUCUUUUUCCUUCCUUACAGAGCAAAUGGUGAUGUUAUUUCGACAUUUUUCUCUGGCUACGAUAAGGCAAUAAGACCCAACUUUGGUAAGUAAAGAGUAAGUAGCAAUCAGCAAUCGACGGGAUUUUUUGAGGAGGGGGGUGUGAGGGAAACAAAGAGGAACAAAAAAAAAAAAAGGCGGGGGGGGGCAAGGAGAAGUCAGUGCACUAUCCUUUAGUCGCAAAAAUGUCGUUCUUUAUUUUGGACUGAAACUGUUCAGUUAAACUGUUCAGAAUUUCGUUGGCUGUAAAUCCAAAAAGAAAAACUUUAUAGGUCAUAAGAUCAUUAGAAAGGUUAAGCACUUCCAAGAAUUUUUAUAUAAGUGAGAGAAGAUCAAGACAGAGUCUACUUUUGAGGUUUCCGUUUCCAAAACCCGCAUACCCACACUCGCAAUAAAGAGAGGCAAACCAUUCACACAGGUCCAAGAAAUAAUCUGACGCAGAUCGUAGUGCUCAGUGUUCGGCUUAUCAUUAGACAUGGGGGCGAUUGCAAAUUUUUUGACCUAGAGAACUUGUGAACUUUUGUUUCUUUAGAGGAACAGAAGCCCACGAUCGUCUAUUGUAACUUGUAUGUGGAAUCUUUUGGAAACAUUGAGGAGGCUAACAUGGUAUGACUAAAGAAAUAAAGAUCAGAUACUUGAUAGAUGAUGACAAUCUUCUUGGCAAAAAGUGGAAUGAAUUGUUAUUGCGCUUCAAGCCAAAUUGAAAUGAAUAUUUGAAUUUUCAUUAGUGGUUUCCUCAGGGCUUGUAACUAGAAAUCAGAAUCAAAACCAUCUAAUAAACAAGGUUAAGAAUUGAGGAUGCGAUCGAAAUCUGAAGUAUUAAUUACUCUUUUAAAAUCCUGGCCUGUGUGACAAUGCACGAAAAUUGUUCGCAACUGGAUACCCAAGCCGGUUUAUAAAGCCAGCAGUUUCACUUUUUUUUUAUCUCUGUUUCAUUUUUUUAUCUCUGCGAUGUAAAUGAUAAGAUAUAAACGGACUUCAGGGGGGGCAAUUUCGCUUAAAAAAAAUACAAGUAUAACUCAGAAAUUUGACUAUAGCAGACUUCAGGUGCAGAGUAAGGAAGGCUUUGCUUUUCAUUCGAUAGGAAUACAAGGUGUACACCUAUUUUCGGCAGCGUUGGACGGACUUCCGCCUAGCUGGAAAGCUUAACUACACCCUUACCAUAAAAGGAGGUGAUAUCGAAAAUAUCUGGGUCCCAGAUCCCUACUGUUACAAUGCACGCGAGUCGAACAUGAUGAUGCCUGACGAAGAGACACACAGCAAUCUUAAAAUUAAACCAAACGGAGAAAUAAUAUACAGCAGAGGGUAAUUAAUUGACACUAAAAUGAAACUCGGAGGACUACAAGUAAUUCAGGAUGAUAAAUGGCCAUAGCAUCAGACCCAUUCAUAGAAAACUGCUCAAAUUUGACAGGAAGCAAAUGGAACUCUUUAUGAACCAGUCAUAUUUGCUUAUUCUUUCUUAGUAAUUAAGAAAACAAAGAACCGAUAGUUUUUCAAUCUAUACUAUGCACCCUCACGACCACCGAAAAACACAUCCAAUCAAGCUAGUUUUAAGCCUACAUCUACUAGAUCUAUCUAGUAGAUCUCAAUCUACUAGAUUAAAACUAAGUUUUAAUUGAGCGAAAUAAUUUUUUCGACAAGAACGUGCGCAAUUUCAGUCUUGAAUGAAUUGCUUCAAUUUAAAGUUUUACGUUUUACAUUGAUUAGUGAUAAAUGCUUUCACAUGGCCAGAGGCAGGGAAAUAUGCAUGCACGGCAGAUUGUCUGUUUAGCUUGUUUAAUUGCGUUUUUACUGCGCAUGUCCUCUCUUAACCAACUUUUACGAGUCCUUAUUUGCGUCAAAAUUAUUACAUAAUCCAGGGUUACUCUUCUCGCCUCGUGUGUUAUGGACCUUCGGAAUUUCCCAAUGGAUUCCCAGAGAUGUACCUUGAAGUUUGGAAGUUGUAAGUGACGUUAAAUAACAAGUUUAUCAUAUCAAUGUCAACAUCUGAACAACUGCGUACCUACCCCUUCUCUAACACAAAAUUAACCAUAAUUUGUUAUCAGUUGACUAUUGUUGGGUUUAGGGACGGGUAGGUGAGUAGCUGCUUAUAUACUGACAUUGAUCCAAUUUUUCAUUGCAAUUCAAGUCCUCAUGAAUGUCAUAUAAAUCAAAUCUCAACCCAGAUGUCCUGGGCAAUUCCGUUUAUUAUUCAUUAUCACAGAAUCUUUAUCUAGCUUUUUUAUGUUUGUCCUCUGCUAUGAAACGUAAAGAUGGGUACACUACUGAGGACAUCGUCUUUGAGUGGAUCGCUGACAAAACAGAGAUUGAUGUAGGAAACGAAGAAAUGGCGCAAUUUGAUUACAAAGGCUCUGAAUUGACAUCGGGAACAGACGUGUUUGACACAGGUCAGUCGAGAACAAUGCAAGUUAGCAUUUUUUUUUUGACAACACGGAGGUCAAAUGUCGAGCAUGCGCAAAUAGACCUCUGUUCGCUUUCGUUUUGGAUAUAUCCUCAUUGGUGAUCAUUUGUUUUAGUCUCAUUUCAUUAGUCUCUUUAUGUUUCAUGACCCUAAUUUCUACAUCAUUUACAGGAAAUUUCUCAACUUUGACAGUCACGUUUUCAUUUAAGCGGCGCAUUGGUUAUUUCCUCAUCCAAGUCUACUUUCCAGACAUUUUUGUCGUGACGCUAAGCUGGAUUGUCUUUUGGAUGGAAAAAGAUGAUAUGGGAAACAGAAUGGCCUUGGGAAUCACCACUAUAUUAACCAUCAUGUUUCUUCUUGGUUCUCUUAACGGGAACUUGCCCAGAGUCAGCUACCCCAAGGCUUUGGACUGGUAUCUAUUAGUGUCAUUUAGCUUUGUGUUCCUGUCGUUGAUGGAAUGCAUGGUCGUGUUUCUUUUUGCAUCGAAAGCCAAACAGGAUGAGACACAGAUUAAAUACAAGGUAAGAGAACGAUCGUUAAUUAGCGGGUAUAAGGGGAGACUAUAAUAUAACAUUUCUGUCACAAUAAAAUUUACCUGACCUCCUUUAAGCCUCUGUGUUAUUCUUAAGAUACUCCCCUUGGCAGUCAAUUUCCUAAGUUACUCUUUUGGAGAUGACUAAUCUCUCCUCAUUGAAAGGCAUGUGAUUCCUCCAAACCUUCCCUUUCCUCUCUCUCCCAGGCGAUAAGUAAUGAAUGAUCCCUAAUCCAAGUAAAUAUUUCAAUUUCAUAGAAGAACGAUAUUUCUCUAACGAAAAGAUUCUCGUCGUCCCUGAGGUCCGUGAUUGGUUCAAAGUCUUCUUCAACUAACUCUCCAAAUGGAGGAGUGUCAAACAUUGGUUCUGGUGACGAUCUGGAAAUGGUACACAGGGCAACCAAAGAUGGUAAGAUCGUGGUGGACGAUAAUUCAUCAAUACAAAGAGAGAGGAGUACCAAAAGCGAAAGAAUGGAAAUGAUAGCGAGCAAGAUCGAUAAAGCAUCGCGAGUUCUUUUUCCAUCAGUUUUUAUCCUCUACAAUAUCUUCUACUGGACAUACUACUAACUGGCACAAAAUUGAUGUAUUAAUGCCGCUUUUUUUCUGACGAUGUUUAAUGAUAACGGUGAUAACUAUAAUUUAGUAAUAAUGUCGACAAGAACGAGAUUAAUAGUUAUGAUAAUCUGCCUGUUUCUGUCAAUAUUUGAUUGUUAACAUCAUCUGUAAGAUCUGCCUCUCAGAGAAAAUAUCUCAGAGAGGCAUGCAUUAUGGCAUUUUUCUUCUCAGAAGUGAGCAGUGUGCGACUGUGCAACGUCCCGUUGUGUAAUGCCGAGUACCGUAGUUAUUCGGUUAUAAGGCGCACCGUUUUUUUCAAGAAAUUCCUAAUUUCUACUAAAAAUUACCUUAAAGUUUGGGUGCGUCUUAUAGGCGAAUAUUUUCCCGAAACAAUUUUUUUUUUUAUCACAGUUACUGGUACGAUUUCAAGCAAAUAAAAUGACACACACACAUUGACUUUUAUGAAUAUGGUGGUUCUGAAAAGACAAGCGAAGUCAAAUUUGCAUUGAUGUGAUACGUGCUGGAGAGCACGUGCUUAGUAAUUUGAUACGUCACAAAACGAAACGAAAAUAAACAAACGAAGAGGUAAAUACCUUCUUCAUCCUUUCAGCCUUUUUAGUGCACUGAGACCUGCAUUCUCGGUGGUACAUCUUGUUUAAUCAAGGCUUUUGUUUGUGUGCGUGGUCGCGUGUGCUACAAUUCUGCUUUUGUUGAUUAACGGUAAACUAAAAUCAAUACGCGACUUUUUCGCUUUUUUUUAAGUUUAUGAACGAAUUUACAAUAAACUUGACCGAUCUUUACUCCCCAAACAACGGUGCGCCUUAUAACCAAGUAUUUUAGCGAUUUUCUCAGUUUGAAAACAUGCAAUAAUGAAGUUGCCGAAUUGGGGGUGCGUCUUAUAGCCGAGUGCGCCUUAUAACCGAAUAACUACGGUAAAUGGCAAGUAGUUGAGAAAAUUGACAAACUCCCCCAGGAGCCCAUGGGCUCCUGACUCCCCUUAGUUAGGUCCAAAUUCUCAAGAUGCUGAAGUCUUAACCAUGGUAACAGACGCUCCUUUUAAUUGCCAAUAAACGAAUUGAAAGAGGAAAUCAUAUAAAAGGCUUUUUACCAGCUUCCCAAAGAAUAAUCAAACUUAAUUUUGUAUUAAUCUAAUGCAUUGUUUUUUGAGUUUUGUACAUUGUAUAAUGAUUAGGUCUACUACAAGUCGUAUUUCUCUGAAGAGGUAAAAAAAUUAUAAUAGUUUAUGGGAAGUUAUUGUAAGAUCGUGAUAGCGUUUUACAGGAGAUAUUUUUAAUAGAAACACAUGAAUCAAAAUAUGGAAAUAUACCUGUUACAAGGCAACCAAAAGUGGACUUGGCUACUUCCAAUUGUUUCAAAGCCAAAUCGCCGGAGUUAUGAUUACAGCUGUUCAAAAGCACACACAGCUUUUUGGGUGACCUUCGCCUCUUGAUGUUAAUUCCUUCUGUAUUUUUUUUCUGUUUACCUCAAGUUUUCUUUAUUCAUCCAUGAGAUCUUGUCUUAUGGUGUUAAUGACACUAACAAGCUGGCUUUUUGGGGAUAGAUAGGAAACCGACAAAAGUUGCCUCUAGCGUUGCCCUGGGCAGACUUUAAGUGUCUUUAAAUUGGUCUAAUAAACAUUAACUUACGCUCAUUAAUUAGUUGAUGAUGAAUUCGUAAUUUAUGCAGUUUUUAGUGGUAAAGAGCACUUACGUGACAUAUGGGGGCAGUACAAAAGCUUUCCGCAUUAUUUUCUAUUGUGCGCGCUCGUCACGGAUGAGUUCAGGGAAGACUAAUUAAACAAAUGAUGCAAAUAAGUUUAUUUAAAGCACGCCAAACAUGCUGGAAGCAAGUGCAGUUGUCUUGAUCCGGCAAAUUUCAUCGGUCUAAGACAAGCGUUCGACCCAAGGAUAACUCUGGUAAGUUUAGCUUUAGUUGUCAUCAGUGAAACUUAAUCAAAGGUGAAAAAGCGCUAAACCAAUCGGUCCCUGAGAGACCAGAUCGAUGUGUUAUCUGGAUACAUACAUUUUAUGCAAUCAAUAUUACCCAACGCAACUUGGAAUGAUCAUUCGAUUUCGUCUUUGAAGUGGUUCUACUCAACAGCAUGUUUACGUUUCGCCUCAAUAGUUAACUUAUUUUACUCCAGUGAUAACAAGAUGAGAGCAGAAAUAUAAUCAUGUGAAUCAAACUAUUGCACCGAUUUGACGCCAAAUUUCAUAACUUCACGCUCGCGCGUGUCAGAUAAUUUUGUCGCUAAGAAGUUCGGUCUCGCAUCAUUUCGGAACUCUCAGUGCCCUAUAAGGCCCAAUUAAAACGUCGAACUUGACAUGUGCCGAACCUAAUACCACUUUGGGUCGACCUAAAUAAUUUUGUUCGGCGUUGACUCAAACGUCGAACCUAAUUAAGUCGAACUCAAGUGGAAAAGUGAACGCGACUUUAUUGCGGUCAGACGGUUUGCUUACCAAAAUGGCGGGAAAAAAAUGCGGGAGAAAAAUUGUCGAAAUGAAGAACUUAUUUUUUUUUGCAAGUGCGAUGAAGGAAGGUAAAAGAAGGCGACUCAAGAUGUAGUAAGCAUUAAAUAACCACGCUGCCAGGAGAAGACAAGUUUUGUACUUGGCUUCCCUUCUAUUAUUGCUCCUUUUCCAAAUGAACAUCAUCGUUCCUCGUCCAGUUCGUACUUGUCGUCGGCUAAAAAGAAAUAUUGCAUAGAAGUAGUUCAUGCACCCUAGGCAUGUAUAUUUCGUGCUCUCAAAGCAAAAGACAAUAUACACAUCAUGAUUUGCCGCUCUUCUCGUCAUUUUGUUGCCAAACAAGUUGUGUGCGCAUGAAAUUGUUUAAUAAUAAACAUUGUUGUUUAAUAAUAUUGUUUAAUGUAUUUGUAAUGUAUGCACUAAAUUCGGCUCAUGAAACGGUUCGACGUGUGAAAUGAAGUCGAUCUUUUGCCGAUCUAUUCGACAAGCCCGGUCAAAUAGAAUGGCAGGUCGACCCAAAUACAAAUCUGUCGAACCAAAUUGAUUCAAACGUCGAGUUUUACAUACGGCUAACCUAAUUAUUAGAUUCUGCACACGUAAAGUUCGACGUUUGAACCGCGCCUAAGCCUGCCAAAUAUCAAAUUCAAGUCAAAACCAUUACAGUUCAAACGUUAUGCUUCAUGUAACAUCAGUCUCCUAUUGUGACGUUUCAUUGCUACUUUUGACUCUUGGGAUGUCAUGCUUCAGCUGAAUUGUAAAAACGUGUCUUAAAGAUGUGUUUUCUCUAAUUCCGCGCCGCACCCAGCAUCAACUUUUUAUUGAUUAGAAAGGGAUUUUUACGUGAUGAUUUAGCUUCGCGAAAGAUUGUCUCGAGUUGAAGAAUCUGUCUGAGAUUUCCGAACGAAGGUAGAAGGAAACCCCUUUGGCAGAAUAGAAUCAUGAUAGAAUUUCUGUGAUUACAAGUUACUAUUAUUUUUUCAAUUGUACAUGUUCAAUGUCGAAUAACUGAAUCAAGUGAACUGUAAUUUUUCCAGAAAUAUCCACUUAGGUAAACAUAAUGUGAGAAAUGUAUUCAAGCUGAACAGUGGCGCUUUAUCUUUCAAUAUCUAAUCAUACUCCAGCCAAUAAAAUAAUGAGUAGCAAAAAUACAGCAGGAACAUGAAAUCUAUAAGAAUCAUAAACCAUAACUGAGGAAUACAUUAUGUGUCGCAAAAAAUAGGUUUAUUUGCAACUAGAAUAAAAAACAUGGUAAAUUUUGAUCCUGGUAAAGAAAUAAAAAAAUGUGUUUUUUCGUCUUGUCACGAGCGUGGGACAAAAGUGAAAUUAAUUAGUACCCAUGAGGAAUCGAACCCCAGACCUUGGAAUCCAGGCUCCGAUGCUCUACCACUAAGCCACACAGAGAUCGACUCUAUGGUGAGAGAGGCUAAGUUAAUAUAGGACACGUGUCCUGCAUACCACGGGGUUCAGCGCUAGCAAUGUCGACAGUUUAAUGUUUGUAAAAGGAAUAAGAAAGAUGUUUUGAGCUCUCUUGAACCAACCUUUCUCACAUCAAAUUCGGAGUUGAACUUCUUUAGCUACAUAAAAUAAUCAGGCUUGGAGACGAAGUAGUUUACACUGAAAAACUACAAAAGUGACAUGCUAUGUUAUAACGUAACGCUUUGCACUGUAUCUUUGUAAACAGGAAACGUAAAUGGUUAAUUUAAUUUUUCUUUUGUCCACCUCAAUUAAGUCGACAAAAUUAGGAGCCAGAGCGGAAGUGUCGUUCUAGAUCUUUGCUAUCCCACUUGAUUACUAAGUCGCCAUAAUGGAAUUUUUCCACUACCCCCUGAGUAGAAAUAUAUUCCUCUCCCCAGUUUCCCUUAAAGUUAGGAAGGCGCACGGUUAACCUUUCGUGAAGAGGUAAAGAGAAGUCUUGCUUAUAUGAAAUUUGAAGGCAAUUUUACUACCCUUUCUGUAAGUCGCACAGCAACUAAAAAGAAAGAAAAAAAACUAAAGCUAAAGACAUGAGCAAUCGUUGAUUUUUAAAUGCGAAUGCACAGCUACAUUAGGCCAGAUACAGUUGUGUGCUAGUUUGCCAAGCCUUUGAGCAGGAGUGAGGCUGUUGACCUUGUUAUGAUACAAACCUUGCUGCUUUUCAAAUGCAAAUUACUUUGUUAUCAUGCUAUCUAGAUACUGGUCUCCAUCACAACAGGGUCACCUUCAGCCUCACUCCAAAUCAAUGGCUUGGUAACUAAGUACAUAACUGUAAAAUGGCCUAUUGAAGCUGUGCAUUCGCAUUUCAAAAUCAACGAUUGCUCAAGUCUUAAGCUUUCUUCUUUUCUUUCAAAUUGCUGUGUGACUUACCGAAAGAGUAGUACAAUUGCCUUCAAAUUUCAAGUAAGCGCCUUCAUUUUCAUUGCAAAGCACGCAAACUGAUAUAAUUUUAACGCUGUUUUCAGAUCUAGAAGGGUGAGGCUAUCAGUAUUCUAUUCGAAUUUGAGUCAAACUAAAGCUAAAAUGGUCAGUAAGUGGCUAUUUUUUCAACCCCGAGAUGACCAAUUUAUCAUUUAUGAUGGUAAGCAUUAAAUGAAUCGUCGUGUUCCUGUUUUGCAAGAAAAUUCUGAGUUCCUCUUCUUGUUAGUGCAAGGUUGAAUUUGGCACACCGCACAGACGUCAAAGACCAGUGUGAGAGUUUAAUCACUAAUUUUACCCUGAGGCCUGGAAGUCGUGUUAAUAUUACAUGCGUAAGAAAGCAUAUUUGUAUACGCUCAUUUAAGGAAUUACUGAUAAUUGUAUGCGGUUCAGUAACCUCCGCCGCCCACGAAAUCAUCGGAUUACUUAUGUCUGAGUUUACCAUCGAAUAUCUCAGUUUGACCCGUCUAAUUCGUCUACUGUGUGACUACUUGGCAAAUCUCAACGUCAGUUAUGCGGCAGUGCUGAUAAAGAGACAACCAAAGUACGAAAGGCGGAGUCGGUAAAAAGCUUUUCUCAGUAAUUUUUUGAAAUUAUUGCUCUGUUGAGUUUUUUUUUUACCUCGGUAGCAGCUUGAGACUUGACGGUGUACACGACAAAAAGAAGAAAAAAAUUACAUUCGAUAUGGACUCUAAGUUUUGGUUCAUUCACACAGAGCUCAAAAAGCGCCAGUUGAGAGAAAUUAUGAUGGUGAAUCCAGUCUCCAGGAGCUGAAAGUUGGUUCAAAUAUCAUUCGAAAUAUGUUGCUAUUUAAAACUAAGACUUUCUUUCAAAUGCUAGCGUGCCACGACAUGCAGAUGUCUCUGUAAUUGUUCGUUAAUUUUUGUCUAUUUUCCUUUCUACUGAAUGCUACUCUGUGGCUAUUAAUAUAAAACCAAUGACACAUAAAGGGUUUUUUUUUUCAUUUUGACAAAAGGUUACUGAUAUCCAUAGAAACACGACAUAAAAGAUAAAAAUUUAUUUGAAUGUAAAUUCAUGGUCAUGUAAAAUAUACAAAUUAAGCAUUUAUCAAUUACAUGUGAAGAUGUAUUAUUGAUAUCAAGUCUUUUCAGGAGACGGAGAACUGAUACUAAGAAUAAUAACAAAUCAGACAUUUCGACCAACUUGGGAGACAUUUAAGAGUUUUGUGAGAAAUAUUCAGCAUUAGAUUUGAGGAUGUGCAUGAACAACUAAGACCAAAAAGGAAAACAAAAAAAACAAAAAAAAAACCACAGCGAGCCGUCUUAAAUCAUUCACAGUUAUGGUGUCAAUUGACAAAAAGGUUUCUUAUCAUUGCAGAAAUAGUCUGAUCGCUUCAGGCAAACUAGUUUCUACGAAGAUUUGCUUCGUAUAAGCGACGGCCAGGCGUAGUGAUUACGAUUGGUAUUUAGCAAGAUAAAUAUGAUAAAUGUUUUAUUGGCGAUUGCCUUGCAACCUUAUGACAUUGCACUGAGCUUGGUAUGUGGUUGGAGUAAUAGUGGAAGAGAUACUGUUACAAUCGAUUAUCAGAAAAUUUUAGGUGAUUUGAAGCUUGAAUAAGAACAAGAACAAAAACAAAAACAAAAAAAAAACGGUAACAAUGAAAUAAUCAAAACUUACCAGGCGCCAAAACAAAGUGGGAUGUCUCAAUUAAUUCAUGGUUAUGAUCGCAAUUAAGUAAUGGUAUCGUGAUAUUGUACAUAAAAAAAAGACAGCCUGCGCACUUAAGUAAAUUAUUUCUUGUGAAAAUUUUCUGUGUUCAAGCGACAGCCUGUCGUAGUUACAGUGAUCAUUAUGACAAAUGUUUUAUUCAACAACACAAACUUACAAAAAUUAUACAUAAUUAUAACUAUAAUUAUAGAUAUGCCACGUGGUUGAUGUUAUUGUGAGGGAUGUUGUUUAAUAUUUCGAAAGUUUUAAGAAUUCAAAGCUUAUAUCAAAAUUACAUAAAAGAUAAAACAUAAUCAAUACCACACAAAUAAAAAAAGGAAAUAAUUAAAAAAAAAAGAAGAUUAUUCCUUGAUUAAAGCAUCCAGCUGUUCGACGGUGGCUUAUAAAGGGAAUAUUAUUUUCAAUUAAGCGGAGGACCCCUAGAUGUCUACCAAUCUAAUUCUUCCUGUGGUUGUAUUCAUGCAUGAAUCUUUACUAAUUUACUAAGAGAUUCUUAAUGGAGAGGUCACAUUGACGGUAAAAAAUAAGCCGUUUUGAAUCUGUUAACCAACCGUGUCAGGUAUACGUGCACUAGUUUAGUUACUUCCUUGGAAGUAUUUCUACUUAUAAGCAUCUUAAUCUCUAUUUAUGUGUUUUCGUUCAUACAGUUUCAAGGAAAAAUGAGGCCUUUCUCAUCAAGGAAGUUGACAUUUAAGAGAUGUAUCUUCGCCAGCGUCCUGUUCAUUAUCUGCCUGAGACGGUAAGUAUAGCACAAUAUAAGUUGUUUUAUCACUUGUUUCGCGAGAAUUUUUUUCCUAUUGAGCAUAAUAUAUAAACCAUAUCCGAUGAUCUGAUAUUGAUACGCGCAGAUAUUUUGCGAGUCGCUUAGUCUUUUUACGACAAAUGAAAAAACACGAUAUAUUUCUGACGUAAAAAUGAAUUGCUCAGAAAGUAAGGCCUAAAGAAAGUAAACGAAUCAAAGUUUGUUUUUAUUAGUGAGUCCUUUUUUUGCCUUACUUCAGUUCUCGCGUAUUUUUUCCCUGUUUUACAGUGUAAUACAGUUGCAUGUUUUUCGCUUUCUGCAUGUUAUCCUAAUAUUGGAAAAAUGGCGUGCAAGUAAGAGUGGAAUGAUAAGAUAUCGCUUCUACAAAAUUAAGAGUUGGAGUUCUUUUGAAAAUACGAAAUUAUUUGAGUUAGUAGAUGGUUUAUUUUUAAGGAUCAGCAUUGUCAAAUUAUUUUCAAGGCGCUUUUUUAACCGUUGCUAUCCACUGGAUAAACCUCCACCUGUUGGAUCGCACCGUACGCUUUACCAUGAUUUAUCAGCUGGAUAGUGAUUCAUCCGCUGGAUAGUGAGUUAUCCGUUAGAUAGCGUUAUCCGCCCUUUGAAAAAGUGGUCCCUGAAUGAAGGAUAUUUUAUAUUUACAGAGCUCAAGGGGACUCAGACGUGAUAAACACGGUCUUUUCUGGCUAUGACAAAGUGUUGAGACCCGACUAUGGUAAGAAAUGUUUUACGGUCAAACAAUUUUUUUUUUCUAUGUUGAUUUUGUAAGUGGUUAUUAGCAAUAAUUAGUAAUUGCACUUAACAGCACUUUUUUUUAAAGAAAAGGGAACACCCACAGUCGUCAAUUGCAGUCUGCUUAUCGAAUCGUUUGGAAACAUUGAAGAAGCUGACAUGGUAUGUAUUGUAACGACAUGAUCUUUAAUUAUUAGACAUUACGUAAAUAAGUUGAUGGUCCAACUGAAAAUUCACUUCUGUUUUCAUUCUGUCAUAACUUUUGUAUCAAUUUUUUAUCGAUGUGUAUUCACUGCGGGUAUAAUAAACACCAUGUCGGAAAAAUUGCAUUUUUCCUUAAUUUAUCCUCAGAAGCUGCACAAUUAAACGGUGACGACUAGUUCCGGUUUAGUAGGUGGAACCCAUCUAGCAGUGCUUUAAUUUUCCUUUUUUCAGUUAAAAGCUUUAUUUUCAGCUUGUUUUAUUCGUGAAUAUUAUAAGUUCUCUGGAAAACUCGCUUUUCCUUAAUCAACUUAGACGUUACACGAUGAAACUGACCAACUCCCGCCUUAAGGCUCUGUACGGAUAUUCUGACGAUGCCCCCACUCCAUCCCCCGCCCCCCUCACCCUCAUUGUUGGUUCACUGGGAGUCAACUUUCUAUAUUUCUAUAUAGUCCUAUCUACAUACUCUGUUGGCGACAACGGAUCCACUCUCCGUUCCCUCUGCCCCCACCCUUCCACCUGAUUACAAAUAAUGACUUUAACUUGACCCAAACAAAAGUCAGUCGAUAACUGAUAUCAUAUUACGGAAGAGUAAAACCUCUGAAACAAGGUAUCUAUUUUAUUCCUAGGAGUAUAGAGUGUACGCUUAUCUUCACCUAACGUGGAAAGAUCCACGCUUGAGUGGAAAGGUCAACCGCACCCUUAGCUUAAAAGGAGAUCAAAUAACCAACAUUUGGGUGCCAGAUCCCUACUGCUACAACGCACGAGAGUCAAACAUGAUGAGCCCGGAUGAGGAAACGCACAGCAAUCUGAAAAUUAAACCUGAUGGAGAGAUAUACUAUAGUAGAGGGUGAGAACGAGACGAGCUUAUGAAUUUUUUUUUUCUCUUAUGAACGGAUGAUGAAAGGUUUGUUUUGACAUUACAUCAAUUGUAUGAGGGAUCAUUAGAUCCUUUUAGCAAAUUCCAAUUUGACAUGGUUUGAUGCUACUCUGGUUUACAGAUUUAAUGAAUGUAACAGUAGAAGUUACAACUCAUAGGCCCAACGUUUCGACACUCUUAUCUAGUGCCUUCUUCAGGGGUGAUCUAACAAGAGGACCUCAUUUUCAGCAACUGAUUGAGUGUUUAUAUCUAUCUUAGAGUAAGUUUGCUGGCCUCCUGCACCAUGGAUUUAAAGUAUUUUCCAUUAGAUUCUCAGAUGUGCUUUCUCAAGUUUGGAAGUUGUAAGUAGCGACAUAUAAAAUAUAAUAUUCUCCUUACGAAACCAUGACAUGAACAGGAUUAAGAAGCGAUAAAUCGCACAUAGCUUGGCAUUAAGUAGAUAGGGAGCGUUCCCAAGACGGCGUGAUAGCAAACAAAAAAUCAAAGAUGAUGCGACGACCGCGCGAAGAAUGAGGAGGAAAAAGUGACGUGAUCACGCGCAAGUUCAUCACGCCUGGCGUGACUGUAAUUAUCAUUUGUCACGCCAUAGCUGCCAAAUCCGUGCCUCGAUAGGAAUGAUAUUUAAAUUGUGGCUUACCUUGUUACUAACGGAAAGUCCAACGUAAUCAAUGACUUUUCAGAUAUCCUGUAGUACGCGAGAAAAAAAAUGCUGACCAUCACGUACGCAGCAAUAAUACUUUUAUGCAAAUAACUUCUACUGAUAUAUAACAUCUGAAAACACAUCACGUGAAAGUAAAGAAUUUAUCGUCGUAAACACAGGAAAAAAAUAUCUUUCUCAGUUGCAAUUGCAAGAGCAAUAAUUUCGUGUGUUAAAUCCACUAAGACCAUACUUUACCUCAUAGCAAAAAAUUUGAAGCUGGUUUUGUAUCAUUGUGUUCGAAGGUUCUAUUUUCGAGGACAAGACCUCGUGUGAUCCUGUGUUCUACAAAUUAUGCAUGCUGUUCUUUGUUAAGAAUUUAAUGGAGUAAACAAUAACAUCACCCUUGGGACUAAGAGUUAUUGUUGGGUCAAAAUUGAUCAAUAGAUGCAGUAAAAUACAAAAUCAAUAGACAGACGUUCUUAUGCAGAAAAAGAUUCACUAGUACAACUUUUAAGCUGAUGUCCAAAACAAUUUAUUACUUUAGGGGUUACAGAUAUAUUUGGCGCAACACACAGUUGUGAAGAAAUUUUUUUAGGGGGGAGAGGAGACUUGUGGGGACCCAGUUAUACUUCCCACAAAAUCGAUUGUUCUCAUAGUGCUGUUAUGUAAACAUACGGAGGUCCCCUCCAGAACACAAACCACACUUUAUGGAGAAAACACAAAAAGAGAAAAAGCAGAAGCAAUAAAAUUAAAUGUUGUCUAUGUUUUAUGUCUUUAUUCAGAUGGUAACACGGUGGAAGACAUCAUAUUCCAGUGGAUGCCGGGAAAAACUAAAAUCGCCGUUGGACACGAGGAAUUGGCUCAGUUUAAGUACAUGGGUUCCUCACUGGAGUCUGGUGUGGCUGUGCUUUCCACAGGUUAGCCUCGAAAGGUGUAAGAUACAUGCUUAUUAGUUUGACAAUUUACAUGGUUAAAUAAUGACUGGUCCAUUAUUUCAAUUCUAGGUAAUUUCUCCACCAUAACCGCCAAGUUCUCGUUUGAGCGGCGCAUCGGCUAUUACCUUAUCCAAGUGUACUUCCCGGACAUUUUUGUUGUGGUACUGAGCUGGAUUGUCUUCUGGAUGGAAAAAGACGACAUAGGAAAUAGAAUGGCGUUAGGAAUCACCACCAUCUUGACCAUCAUGUUUCUCCUCGGAUCCUUGAAUGGAAACUUGCCUAAAGUGAGCUAUCCAAAGGCUUUGGACUGGUAUCUGUUGUUUUCAUUCAGCUUCGUCUUCCUGUCCUUGAUCGAAAGCACAGUUGUGUUUCUUUUCGCAGUGAAAGCUAACAAAAACGAGAAGAUCAAAUGCAAGGUAAAACCUGGGCGGCAGUAUUCUGUUACUGUCUAGUUAUGAAAAGCUUAGGGCUUGCUAAAAGAAAGAGUUUCUCAGGUGCUUUUACCAUCCUUAUUUUUUAACUGGUUUACUCUUGUGCAUUCAAUUAAUCCACUUCGUUCUCCAUGGAGCACAGGGCCGCGGAGGCAAAUCACAUUUUUCACCUUAGACUUCGAUUGGGUGGGCAGGAACUCAUUUAACAUAGCAAUUUCUUCCAUGGUUUUCUUUCCCCACUUCAAACGCUCCAUUUGUUGAACAAACAUUUUCUAACGGGGAGAAGUUGAUAGCUAACGCCCAAGCAUUCCAACCCAAACUCUCCCGGCCAGGCUUGAUGUUUUCCAUAAAAGUUUCUCUGUACGUCUCAUUUAACUUACUCACCAUCCUCUACUAUCCUAAAGGUAUUGCUCACUUUUUGUCAUACUUAUUUCAGAAACACACCAUUCCUAUCACGACAAGAAUUGCAUCAUCAAUGAAAUGUUUCGGUAGUUCGAAGAGCGCAAAUGUCAACAACGCUAACGAUGACUACAAAGGAGUAUCUGAAAAUGACCUUGAAAUGGGUUACCGUCCGAGCAAAGCUGACAAGGCCUUGGUAGAUGACGCAGAAGCAGAAGUCCCUCACAACAGGAGCACCAAGAUCACACGGAUGGAGAAGAAUGCCAGCAAUAUUGACCGAGUGUCACGCGUUCUGUUUCCACUGGUGUUCCUUGUAUUCAACCUGUUUUACUGGACAUUUUUCAACGGUCAUGUAGUUAAGCAGUAGUCGCACAUGUAAACUGAUAAGGCAGAUUGUUUUGUUUUGUUUUUUCAGAAGUAUUUUCAGCCUCUGUGUGAACUUCUUCAGUUUUUUUUUUCUAAAUUUAGAAAUUAGAACCAACCAAAAAUCACUA